CAUCCCACGCCCCACAGCUUCCAGGAAGCACAAGCGUCCGCAAAGCUCGAAUCUUUGGAUGCGCGGCAGCCGAUGGCGACGCCGGCCGUCGAGAAGCCCGACGGUGUCGAGAUCCGCGAGGUGUGGGCGGACAACCUCGAAGCCGAGUUCGCCGUGAUCAGGGACAUCGUGGACGACUACCCGUACGUGGCCAUGGACACGGAGUUCCCGGGCGUGGUGUGCCGCCCGCUCGGCACCUUCAAGUCCCCCGCCGACUUCAACUACGCCACGCUCAAGGCCAACGUCGACAUGCUCAAGCUCAUCCAGCUGGGCCUCACCUUCUCCGACGCCCACGGCGCCCUCCCCACCCCCGCCCCCAACCACCGCCCCUGCGUCUGGCAGUUCAACUUCCGGGGCUUCGACCCGCGCACGGACGUGGCGGCCGCCGACUCCAUCGACCUGCUCCGGCGCAGCGGGAUCGACUUCGCGCGCCACGCCGCCGACGGCGCGUGCGCGCGCCGCUUCGCCGAGCUGCUCAUGUCCUCCGGCGUGGUCCUCAACCCGGAGAUCCACUGGGUCACCUUCCACAGCGGCUACGACUUCGGGUACCUGCUCAAGCUGCUCACGGGGUCCUCCCUGCCCGACACCAGCGCGGGCUUCUUCGACCUCAUCCGGAUCUACUUCCCCGUCGUCUACGACAUCAAGCACCUCAUGCGCUUCUGCAACAGCCUCCACGGCGGCCUCAACAAGCUCGCCGAGCUGCUCGACGUCGAGCGGGUCGGGAUCUGCCACCAGGCCGGAUCCGACUCGCUGCUCACCGCGCUCUCGUUUAACAAGCUCAAGGACUCCUACUUUGGUGGGUUGACCGAGAGAUACGCCGGUGUGUUGUAUGGUCUAGGCACGGAGGGUGGGGAAGCCACCUCUGUUCACUGAGUAAUGGAUAGUCAAAAAUAAAUCAUGAACUUUUUAUUUAUCACAAGAGAAAUCUGUCUGUCUGCCUGCUCAAAUGUGUGUGAUUUUCUUCUGACUAUCCUUUUACUUGGCGCCUGCCUAAAAGGUACCACCACUUUUUACCCUUA